AUGAAAAGCAAACACGAGCCGCGGGCUUCAUUCCUCAGCUUGCCCACAGAAAUCCAUCUACAAAUCUCAAAACUGCUGAUAUAUCCCGAUGCACUCUCUCUCAAAUACACCAACCGGUAUUUCCACAGCUUCGUCGAUACCGGUAUCAACCUGAAAGUGGAGUGGCUCGUUGAGCGCCGCCGUCUUCACCUAGAAUGUCCAAACAACAAGCGCUGUGAUUUGGGCACUGAUUUGCGGUUCUGCAGAGGCAGUGUAGCGCUACUGAUGAAGCGCCGACGAGAACACAUUGAAUGCGAAUCACGGCCUGGCUUGGGAUGCAUAAUCUACGGAACACCAACUUGUCCCAAUCGUCGACGACGCAUGAAGGCAUGGCAACGAUGGCUAGAAACAAAAUUCACAAUCGAGCUGCGGUGGGUGCUGCUGGCUUUGCUUGUUGCUUUGUGCAGCUGGGUUUGCACAAUCUUGUUAAAUUAA